UCCUCAAGUGAUAGUACAUAUCACUUUGAAAGUCAUCAUAAAGAUUGAUAGUUGUGGCAAAAAUGGAAAAGUUUUUAAUUUUCAUUGUGAUAGUCGGUGUAUUGAAUGGAGUAAAUACUUUACAAUGCUACCGAUGUACAAAUUGUGCGUCUGUAAAUAGUGAUCAAUUAGUUACGUGUGGAGCAAAUACAACGCAGACAACCACAACAACCACAACAACUACAAAAACUUCUAUACCAACACAAAACACUACAUCAUCAACAACAACAUCAUCGACUACUACUACACCUUCUACACCAACAGAAAACACUACUUCAUCAACAACAUCGACUACUACUACACCUUCUACACCAACAGAAAACACUACUUCAUCAACAACAUCGACUACUACUACUACACCUUCUACACCAACAGAAAACACUACAUCAUCAACAACAUCGACUACUACUACUACACCUUCUACACCAACCGAAAACACUACUUCAUCAACAACAUCGACUACUACUACACCUUCUACACCAACAGAAAACACUACUUCAUCAACAACAUCGACUACUACUACACCUUCUACACCAACAGAAAACACUACAUCGUCAACAACAUCGACUACUACUACUACACCUUCUACACCAACAGAAAACACUACUUCAUCAACAACAUCGACUACUACUACACCUUCUACACCAACAGAAAACACUACUUCAUCAACAACAUCGACUACUACUACUACACCUUCUACACCAACAGAAAACACUACAUCAUCAACAACAUCGACUACUACUACUACACCUUCUACACCAACCGAAAACACUACUUCAUCAACAACAUCGACUACUACUACACCUUCUACACCAAUAGAAAACACUACUUCAUCAACAACAUCGACUACUACUACACCUUCUACACCAACAGAAAACACUACUUCAUCAACAACAUCGACUACUACUACUACACCUUCUACACCAACAGAAAACACUACUUCAUCAACAACAUCGACUACUACUACUACUACUACUGCUACACCAUCUAUACCAUCAGAAAAAAAUACUUCAUUAUCACAAACUCUAGAAACUUUAAGAGUCAGAAGAAGUGUUGAUAAUGGAUGCUUGUGUCAAAACGGUGUCUGUGACUGCAACGGAUUGCGGAUCAUACAGUUUGGUGAUCAAAGAGCAACGGAUACUUAUGUUUGUGUUAAGGACGCUGUCAUAGUAAAUGGUAGUACAGUUAUCAACAGAGGUUGUGCAGUGAAGACUAACGCUACAACGCAAACAUGUGUCAACUCGGCAUUCUCAUCAAAUUGCAAUGUCUGCGAAACAGAUAAAUGCAAUGCCGCUGCGUCUAAAAGUUUAUCCGUAUUUGCCGUUUUCUUAUCAUUUCUCUUUGCAUUAAAAUUGAAUUAAUGUUUGAAUAUAAUUUUAAUAUGGAUUAGUGUUAGAUUAAGGCUACGUAGUGCAAUGACUGGCAGUUUUAUUUAUUAAAUUAAUGUAACA